GGAGAACAUUUUGUUUUCUGGUGAGAGCUUCUUCUGACGAGGUCGUGUUGGUUUGAAGAGUGGACGACCAAUCAGGAGCCUCUUCUGCAGGACAGGACAAUCAUGAUGUCGCCAGACGACCGAGCCCUCGAGGACCUGCUGUACAGCGGUGACCUUGGUGACGAGGCCAAGGGGGCGGAGCUGAGCGGCGGCCCGGCGGUGGAGGACGGUGCUGCUGUAGAUAAUGCUCCGACAGCCGUGUCCAUCCAGGAGCCAAUGACGUGCGCCGGCUGUGGCGAGCAGGUGUGCGACCGCUUCUUCCUAUUGGCUGCAGGCCGGCUGUGGCACAGCGCCUGCCUCCGCUGCAGCGCGUGUCAGUGCGAGCUGCAGACUCACCCGUCACUGUUCUGGAGGGACGGAAACAUCUACUGCCAACAAGACUACUGCAGGAUGUUCGGAGGCGGUCAGUGCGCUCGCUGCUUCCAGCCAAUCCCAGCGUCCGAUCUGGUCAUGAGGUCUGGUGAGCUGACCUUCCACCCUCACUGCUUCUCCUGCCAGGAGUGUGACGUGAAGUUGAUCCCGGGGAACCUUUACGUCAUGCACGGCCACAACCUGUACUGUCAGACUCAUUACCAUGGCGACAGGAGCGUCCCGCUGUCACAUGACCUGCAGCCCGACGCAAACCAGAGAGAAGCUCAAAACCAGGUCUCAGGUGAGGGGGAGGAGUCUGUCAGCAGUCCAGAGCCACGAUUGGACGACAGGGUGACGGGCGGGCGGACCCGCAGACGGACCAAGCGAAUCCGGACGUGUUUCCGUAGCGAGCAGCUCCGAGCGCUGGAGUCGUAUUUCGCACAGAAGCACAACCCCGACGGGAAGGACUGGACCUGCCUGGCUCACAAGACCGGCCUGCCCAAGAGAGUCCUGCAGGUGUGGUUUCAAAACGCUCGGGCCAAACUGAGACGCUCGCUCACCACAGACGACUCUCAGGUCAGCUCGCCCUCCGGACCCCAGAGAGGCGUAACCGUGGCGACCGGCUCCUCAUCCCCAGGCUGCUCCCCUCCUGACCAAUCGCAGCCCUUCCCCACCAGCACCAUCGACCAGCUGCAGCUGUCUCUGCUCACCGCCCCGCUCGGCGAGCCGCCAGCGAGUCCGGCCAUCAACCAGUCGCAUCCGCUGCAGCACCCCGCCUUCUUCCUGGACUACGAUUCCCAGAGUGCACCGGGGUGUGCCUCCUCCUCUCUGGAGGCCUAUGAGGAGUUUGGUGAGGCAGGAGGAGGAGGAGGAGGAGCGGAGGGAGAAGCUGAUGCUGGCAGUUCUUUUAGACCACAUUACUGCUAGUUUAGGAUCCUCGCUCUGCUUCAACACUUCAGGAAGUAGCUUUUCAAAAUAAGAGGAUAGUUAAAGUUAUAAUCCUUAAGAUUUGAGCUUUUAAUUUGAAGCAACAGCAGCAGGAAAUCAGAAGAAAUGACAACACUGAGGCUGAAAUCAAAUUACAUAAUACUGGAGUUCAUUCUGCAUCAUUUCCUCUGAAAAGUGAAGUCCCUCCCCUUCCUGUGGACCAUGAGACAAUUAUUUCAUGAGAAAAAUGUACGAUAGUGAACGACGAGGGAGUGAUUCUGUUUUAAUGACGUGAUGAGUCACACGUAUGUUCACGACACAUCCUCAGACAUAAACACCAGCGACUGGUCAGGUUCAGGAAAACAUCUCGGUGCAGCUUAAAGCUUCAGUUACAAACCUGCGUAAGUUUCAUACAUAGUGUCUGCUACAUGUACGAGAGGUCACUGAGCUACAUGACGAAAGUCCUGAGCUUGUUUGAGACAACAGUCAGCCCUUCACCUCCUCCCUGUGAUGACUUAAUGCUCUUCAUGCUACUAAAGCCACUAGAGGUCGCCACCUGACAGGAAACAUAAAUAAGCUGCUUUCAAAUUCACCCGACAUGGUCAUUUUUCUGAUGAGGAUGCACUGGAUGUUCGUGAAAACACCAUUUGUCAUAAAACAAAUCAAAUAUAAGUCACUGAGUCAUUUAACACCUGCUGAAACUUCAUUCUGACACCAUUUAUUGAGAUUUCCAUCCUAUAAAAUACUUCAUCCAAGUCAAAGUAACAACCGCGUAAUUUCUCUCAUGAGGUAAAAAGAAAGACUUCGCCUCACUGUUGUGACAUCAAAUCCUAAUAAAUCAUUAAAUGCAGAUAAAAAAACAGCUGUUCUUAAGAUUAUAACUUUAAGAAAUGUAACUUUCUUGUGCAGCUGAGAAUGAAACGAGCUCAUCGCUGUACAUAGACUCCAUCAGGUUUCAUCAAUCUGUACUGAUAGAUUAUGAAUCAAUAAUAGAAUUAGUGGCAGCAUUAGAACAUCCAGACUGUGUGGGAUGCAGGUGAA